AUAACUAAUGAGUUUCAUCGGAAUGGUCAGGGUGGGUACAAAGCACCGGGUUGUUUUGAUAUGAAAUGUGUUGGAUUUGUGCCAGUUAAGUAUGCUCCAAUUAAUCCAGAAGAUACUCUCCAGGGGAAAAGUAAGAUAUCGAUCAAGAUAUUCAAGAGUAAAGACGACGGAAAUUGGUGGCUACACUUUGCCCAUGUUGGUGAAAAUUUUGCUCCAGUGGGAUACUGGCCAAAAGAUCUUUUUGGUGGUUUGGCUGACCAUGCAAAUUAUGUAACUUGGGGCGGGUACACUAGAUCACUUGUAGGGGACCCUAGCCCACCAAUGGGCAAUGGGAAUUGGCCAGGAGGCGACUCUGCUUCAUUUCAAGACGUGCAAUAUGUCGACACUGAUGGGAAUGGUCAUCUUCCAAAGCCCAACGUUCAUUCCAGAAUAACCGAUACGGGAUGCUAUAACGUUAGUGAAUUUGUGACUGACAGAUUCACCUACGGAGGUCCCGGUGGUUGUACUAAUUAGUACUGUUAUAUGCACUAAGAUAUAUUAUCUUC